AGAGAUAUCUGAUAGAUGGCUCUGAUUGAUCAAAACAAAAACUUUGAAAUAUUUCGCGCCUUGCAGCAGACGACUAUCGUCAGAAUAUCGUUAUCGAAAAACAAGAAAACGUUGAUCAUGGAUUUCAACAAAGAACACUAUUUAGCUCGAAUUAGACAAAAACUUCAAGAGGAUGGCGUGAAAUUAUGGAUUUCACCAUAUUUCGUAGAUAAUAAGACCAGUGUAGAGAACUUGCAGGAAUUGGCAAUGAAUCUUUCUGAUAUGCUCGCUAUACCAUGUAAUGCCAUUCUUGUCAUGUUAACUACUCUGCAGUCCCAUGCUCUUGAAAAACUUGCAUCCAGGAAUCAGUUCCAACAAACAGGAAUGGCCACAUUACGGACAAAGAUUGUUGGAGGUUCUGACGCACAGAAUAACAUUGUCAUAUCCUUGAAUGAAUCUGGAGAAUCUUUAAAAAGAAGAAUUAUAUCUGAAAUGAACCAUCCAUCUACAACUAGACUAAAACUAAUUUGCAGUGGAUUGAUUCUGGAUGAUUCUAAAAGUUUGCAAGCUCAAAAAGUCACCAAUAACUCCCAGAUUCUUGCCAUUAUCCUUUCAUGUGAUCCAGCAUCCCAGAAAAUGGAAGAAAGAAUAUUCCAAGAAGUUGAAAUGAUCAAAGCUGAUGCUGACCUGUUGGCAAGUCAGGAGGAUGAAAACUAUCUCAGAAUAGCUGAUCAAUCGGGAAACAUUAUUGCCCUGCCAUUUGAAGAAAAGAAAUCCUUGGCUGUAGCCAUGGCCCUGCAUGAAAAAGGCCGUUCUGCUCUUAAACGGAAUCAAGUGUCACUUGCUUUAACACUAUUUCACGAGGCCGAUUCAAAAUUCAAUGCUUGUAGAUCGGAAUUACUUAGAGCAGUAGACAACGCUGCCCUACUAAACUUGGACAUUGCUUGGUGUUAUCUUCUACUCGGAAAUGCAGCCGAUAUCCCCGAUGCUGUUGUCCGUUUGAACCAAUGCGAGCAGUCCCUCUACAAAACCUAUGGAGCACAGAUGGAACGUCUCCUAACCCUGAAAGGAUCUACAGGCAACGAAGCUGUGUUAUUUUUACGGCUCCACUUACUCCAGGGAGUAGUGGCAUUCCAUCAAGGGAAAACGCUGGAGUCGAUCAAACUUUUGAAUCAAGCCAAGGAAGAGAUCCAGAAACUCACCAUCAACGAUGGCGAUUUGACUCAGUUAAUUGGCCUAGGCUUCACUUUGUCUGAUGCACGACUUAGUUUGCGCGCCUGUAGGGGUGAUUUGAAUGCGGCUUGCGUGUAUUUGCAGCGGCGCGAAGCCGAGAGAGAGGAGCGCUUGAAGAAAGAAGAGGAAGAAGAAGAACGCGAUCGAGAGCGCAGGAAAUUGGGAAAGACGGCCAACAACCAGUGGGUCAAUCUUGGUUACCUCAACACUAUUGUCCAAAUGGGAUUCGAGCGAUCACGGGCUGCUGAAGGAUUGAAACAAACGAAUAACGACAUCAAUAGGACAUUGGAAUUUUUACAAAAUGAUUUUGACUCCUUCGGGACAGACGAUGCUUCUACAGGAUAUUUUAGUGAAGAAUCCCUCGCUCAGGUAAUAUCGAUGGGGUUUUCAGUUGAGAAAGCCAAAGAAAUGCUUGAAAAGCAUAACGGAGAUGUGGAACGUGCAGUGGAGGAACUGGCAUCGAAUCUUGGCCGACCAGACGAUCAACCCGUCGCAGGGACGUCAAGAGAUUUCGAGAAGGUGGAAGCUACCAGAAAACGUAAAGAAGAGACGAAGAAAGAAAAAGCAGCUUACAAACGUCUCGCCAAAGACAUUCCGAGAACGGAAGAAGAUCAUUUGGAUACUGGCCUUGAAUUAGAAUCAGAGUAUCUUCAUAAGUACUUGAGUUUUUUAACUUCUUAAAUUUCGGUCCCUAAAUUUGAAACCCCUCCCACCUGAAAACAAGAUAAUAAAUACUUUUUCGGUUACACAUA